UCCAUUUGGCUAAAAAUUUUGGAGAAAAUCCGAAGUUAGGUGAAUGGCUCGGUAUCCAUGAAUCGUCAACAACAGUUGUGAUUCUUAUCUUCCCUCAAUUUUUUCCUUUUAUUCUUUUUACAGAUCAUUUUUCUUAUUUAAGCACCGAUUGUUUACAUUUGAAGCGAACCCAGAUUCCGAAGAACAGCCUGAAGAAAUCGAAAUCUCUCCUAAGGUUGUUGACCUAUUUCCGGUUGCACCUUCGAUUUCCCUUUUGUUCAAUUAUUUUCCGGCGAUAAUCAUGAUCGAUGCUAUUAAGGGUGCGAUCGGCGAUGCCGUUCUCACUUCCAUGUGGAUUUUCUGCGCUUCGUCUCUUGGAGUUCUUACCUCCGUCCUGUAUUCGGUUGCUGGUGUUUAUGGCAUUCCGCUUCACCCGCUUUUUAUCACUACUACUCUCGUUUUCGUUCUUGUUUUUGUUUUUAAUAUAAUUGGCGCUGCUUUGGGUGGGGCUAGCUUUAAUCCCACUGCUACUGCCGCUUUCUAUGCUGCUGGCGUUGGUCCGACCUCUCUCCUCUCCAUGGCUCUCCGUUUCCCUGCUCAGGCAGCUGGUGCGGUUGCUGGUGCUGUGGCGAUCAAGGAGGUGAUGCCAAUACAAUACAAGCACAUGCUUGGUGGACCUACUCUAAAAGUUGACAUUCAUUCUGGAGCCACAGCUGAAGGAGUUUUGACUUUUCUAAUCAGUUUUGCUGUUCUUCUAAUUGUACUCAGAGGCCCUUCCAACCCAGUUAUUCAAACAUGGUUGCUGGCAGUGGCUACCGUAGCAUUAAUCGUCGCUGGUUCCGAGUACACAGGACCUUCCAUGAAUCCUGCAAAUGCGUUUGGAUGGGCAUAUCUAAACAACACGCACGAUACAUGGGAGCAGUUGUACGUGUACUGGAUCGCCCCGUUCAUAGGAGCCAUUUUGGCUGCUUGGCUUUUCAGAAUCAUCUUCCCACCACCAGCCCCAGCCCCAGCCAAGCAGAAGAAAGCUUGAAAUCGUAGUCGAAAUGCAGCUGCUGCUGCUAUGUUUCUUUAGCUUUGAUGAAUCAAAUGUAGCAAGAAUCCUUGCAGUUCUGUUCUUAAGAUAAUUGGUGCUGUUUAAAGUUUAUACUUUGCAGCUGCUUCUGGAUCAAUAAUCCUUCAAUCAAGUUCUUCCCCCCUUUAGUUAUUUAUGUUUCAA